AUGUUGAUGCUGGCUGGAAUCGUGAUUGUGCAUCUCACCGCUAUUAUCCUCCUCCUCGUUGCAACAAUUGACAGUGCCUGGUGGACCACUGAUGCAUUGUCAACUGACUUGUGGGGAAGAUGGGAUCUUGUCAACUCAGCCUGGCAUUACACUAACCUGAAAGACUACCCAGAAGAGUACCUCCAGGCUGUACAGGCGACUUCAGUGCUGGCAUGCAUCUUCGCCAUCCUAGCCCUGUUCGUAUUUGUGGCUCAGCUCUUCACUCUACCCAAAGGCCAGCGCUUCACCUUUACCGGCGUUUUACAGUUGCUUGCCUGUUUGUGUAUAAUGAUAGCUGCCUCAAUUUACACUGCUGAGUUCCACGCUGGUGAAAAGGGAGCAUACGGACACUCCUACAUCUUGGCCUGGAUCUCAUUUGUCCUCACGCUGCUCUUAGCCAUCACCUAUCUCGUCCUGCGGAAAAAGAGCGAGUGA